GAGACAAUGUGCUCUUGGAUCAAAGGAGCUUAUAAAUGGACACUCAGGAUUUCGGCCUUGAAAUAGGUGUGACUGACCCAGUGUCCACGGAUCUUGAGGAACACAUUGGGAUCUCUGAGUCUGAUUUGAACAGUAACCAUGGGUUGCAAAGUAUUCCUCAAUUUUGGACAACAGCUGCUUCGGCGAAAAGUUGUUGACUGCAGCCGAGAGCAGAGUCGACUGUCCCGCUGCUUGAAUACUUUUGAUUUGGUAGCUCUUGGUGUGGGCAGCACGCUUGGAGCAGGUGUCUAUGUAUUGGCUGGAGCUGUGGCCCGGAAGAAUGCUGGCCCUUCCAUCGUUAUCUCUUUCCUAAUUGCUGCAUUGGCCUCCGUGUUGGCAGGACUGUGUUAUGGAGAGUUUGGUGCUAGGGUUCCAAAGACUGGUUCUGCUUACCUCUACAGCUAUGUCACUGUGGGCGAGCUCUGGGCUUUCAUCACCGGCUGGAACUUAAUUCUCUCCUACAUCAUUGGUACCUCAAGUGUAGCAAGAGCGUGGAGUGCAACGUUUGAUGAAUUGAUAGGCAAACCUAUUGGGGAUUUCUCCCGAACGCAUAUGUCUCUGAAUACUCCUGGAUUAGCUGAAUACCCAGACAUAUUUUCUGUAAUUAUCAUUCUGAUUCUAACAGCGCUUUUAACUUUCGGCGUGAAAGAAUCAGCCAUGGUUAACAAAGUUUUCACUUGUAUCAAUGUUCUCGUCCUGGGCUUUGUAAUGGUGUCAGGCUUUGUGAAGGGAUCCAUGAAAAACUGGCAGCUUACCAAAGAAGAUAUAGUGAAUGCUUCUGACAAUAUCUGUUUGAACAAUGAAACAAUAAGUGACAGCUCCAUUGGUACUGGUGGUUUUAUGCCCUUUGGAUUUGGGGGUGUCCUAUCGGGUGCAGCCACCUGCUUUUAUGCUUUUGUAGGAUUUGAUUGCAUUGCAACCACAGGUGAAGAAGUAAAGAAUCCCCAAAAAGCUAUCCCUGUGGGAAUUGUAGCAUCCCUCUUGAUCUGCUUUGUGGCUUAUUUUGGGGUAUCAGCUGCUCUUACGCUCAUGAUGCCUUACUUCUGCCUGGAUGUGAAUAGCCCAUUGCCUGAUGCAUUUAAGCACGUAGGCUGGGAAGGGGCAAAGUAUGCUGUAGCUGUUGGCUCUCUCUGUGCUCUUUCCACAAGUCUUUUAGGUUCCAUGUUUCCCAUGCCUCGAGUCAUUUAUGCAAUGGCUGAAGAUGGAUUACUGUUUAAAUUUUUAGCCAAAGUCAGUGAAAGGACCAAAACUCCAAUUAUAGCAACAUUAACUUCUGGUGCCAUUGCUGCUGUGAUGGCCUUUCUUUUUGACCUGAAAGACCUGGUUGACCUGAUGUCCAUUGGAACCCUCCUAGCAUAUUCUUUGGUGGCAGCCUGCGUGUUGGUUUUACGGUACCAACCAGAGCAGCCUAACUUAGUAUACCAGAUGGCCAGAACAACAGAGGAAUUGGAUCUUGUGGAUCAGAAUGAAGGAGUGAGCACUAGUGAUUCUCAAACAGGAUUUUUGCCAGUGGAGAAAUGUUCUCUAAAAGCCAUAUUAUGUCCAAAGAAUGAAGAGCCUUCAAAAUUCUCUGGGUUUAUUGUGAACGUCUCAACCAGCCUCAUAGGGAUUCUUAUUGUCAUCUUCUGCAUCGUCACUGUCCUGGCUAAAAAGGAACUUGAGCAGGUGACCCCAUGGGUGAUCACUGUCCUUGUCGUCUCAGUUUUCUUAUGCUCUGUCAUCACCAUCCUGAUCUGGAGACAGCCCGAGAGCAAAACCAAACUCUCAUUUAAGGUUCCCUUCUUGCCAUUACUUCCGAUUUUGAGUAUUUUUGUGAACGUUUAUCUUAUGAUGCAGCUGGAUGGUGGUACCUGGCUUCGGUUUGCUGUAUGGAUGUUGAUAGGUUUCUUCAUUUAUUUUGGCUAUGGUCUAUGGCACAGUGAAGAGGCAUCCCUGGCGGCUGGUACAGCAAGAACACCAGACAACAGUUCGGACCACUGCAAAUGAUCCACAGAGCCCUGAACUGUGACGGGGACAGCCACCCCCUUUAGAGAAGAACAGCUUUUGCCUCCAUGACUCAGAAACAAGAAAAAACACAUGUGUGCCACCCUUCCCCCCUUCCCUGCCCCUCUGCGCCUGCCCUCCCCCCAAUACUAACCACAAGGUGCAAUUACUUGAGUUGUGUUCUCCCCUUGAAGCUCACUUUACCCUAGAGAUGAAACUCCAAGGAAUACAGUGGCCCUCUGGUCCCCCUAGACAGGUUAUUGCCUGGGCCACUUGGCUGGAUGCUGGCUUUGUUUCCUUCUCCCCCUUUGCCUUUCUUCAAGUCAGAAGGAAGCCUCCCCUCCCCUGCUCUGUAGUCAGGGCGACCAUGCCAUUGGCAGAAUGGAGGUCUUUUCUUUGGCUUCACCUCAUGAGUUAGCAUCUUCCUCCUCGGAUUUCAUAUCAGAACUUGAAAAUGCCUCAUCUCCAUACGUUCAGUGCCCUGUUUUGUAGUUGAGAAUGUUGGGUUAUAAGCUGCGUGCUGCGCCACAAGAAGGGUUUUUUCCCCUCAGAAACGGGUCCAUCCUGGCAGCUAAACUGUAGCUGUUAAUUUAGGAGGUAGGAGAGAAAAACUUGGGCAUGCUCUUUGUGACCCACUUCUCUUUUUCCUCCUCCCUUUUUCUUCAAGAAAGAUCUGCACCAGCUCAUCUCUGGUCCUGUUUGCCCAGUUAGCCCCCUUGUCCAUCCCUAUUCGUGCCUCUGUCACUGCGGUGGAAGAUGUAUUAGUCACAAUUCCCAUUGCAAGGACUGUGGUGGUAUCAUGAAUGGCUGAAGUGCAGAUAUGUACUCUGACUUCCUACUUGGGAUGUGUCAGAAGUGAAAUGACCAAAGUCAAGAUCAUCAUUGGACCUGCUUCUCAUUGACUGGGCUUGGCUUUGAACCAUCCUGUAGGAAUGUUCCUGGUUGAUCUUUGAAGAUAUCUACCUGAAUCAGGGAGGUGUGGGAGCCUUUUUUGACUCUUCACUGACCCUGAAUCAUGUGGCUGUCUUCUGCUGAGCUCUUUGAUGGAUGUCUCUAAGUUAUUGGGAUAUCACGUUGAAUGAGCGGCAGCUUCAAAUUAACGCAGCUCACCAUUAUUAUUAUUAUUUUUUUUUUGCAGGGGGGUGGGGGGAGGUGGUGGUGGUGAUAUAUAACUAUUCACCUGAAUUUCUCUUAAAUAUUUUCUUAUAAGUCCCAGGUGGCUGUACUGAUUUUUAAGCAGAUUAAGACAGAUUUCGGCUUAAAGAAAUUUAACGCUUUCCAUUUAUAAUUUUAUUCUGUAUCAGAGGUAAACCCAAGGAGAAAUUGAUGAGGGUGAGAAUCCAGCAUGGCUGUACUCACACUAGAUGAGCAAUUCACUUCUGGACCCCUUUUUAUUUACUUGGCUCUUGUGUCUAUAUUGAGUUACUGACUGCUCGCCACCAAGUUGAGUCUGUCCAUAAAGUUGAACAUCAUCCUGGAUGGACAGACCAGUUUUGGAGAUGGAGAUGUCCCAAGAGCUUAAAGUUAUAUACCAUUCUGCAUUGUUGGAGUUGGGGGGGGGGUCUAAUUUAUACCCAAGUGACUUGGGCUUAUAUGAGAGCUAACUCGCCUGCAUGUGUGGGUUCAGUUUGUUUCUUCUUACAUGUGCCAACCUCCUGGGUCUCAAGUGUUGUCUCCAAGAGUCAAAUUGGCUAUUGCAGAACUGGUAUUCCUGCUUAGUGUAGGAACUCAGACUUGAUUCACAUUUAGGGAAGGAAUACACCAACCCACCAAGGGGCAUGUUGGAGUUCUUGUCUAGUGCUGCUGCUGCAAGGUUUGGAGCAAAUCAAUCCCUUCCUGUGCGUCAGGUGUGGGCAGCUCAGGCAGCACUUCAUUCCCUUUAAUGUAACUUGGCUGCUGAGGGUUGUUUCAGUGUAUUUACCUCCAAGAGGCAAAGAAAAAGGUCAAUCAUUUGUGUCAUAGCCAGGCAACAUGGAAAGUAGGGGGAAAUCCAAACUUUUUUUACCCUUUUCUCCCCUAUUUAAAGAUAACAAUUAGACCCAUAAUUUUAUUGGUAUAGAUAAGUCCUAGAUGAGGAUACUCCCUCUCCCAGUGCAAGUUGACACCUCCUCUGCAGCUUAGUGAUUUGCCCAUAAUGCCAGGGGGAGAAGCGACUCGCUGAGGAUCAGUCCAGCCAGUAUGGGUCAGAGGGAGGACUCAAAUCCUCUCUUCCUGGCUCAGAAGUCUUCAUUCACUAUGUUUUCCUUCCUUUCCUUCCCCCAUUUCCCUUUAGGAGCCUUUUUAUAAGGCUAGAAGGCUAGAAAGAUGCCACAAGGAGCCUUGGACUAUGGAGAGUUGUCCCCCAUUUGUUGGUCUUUGGUGUAUGUAAAUAUGGAUGCCAACAAACCCCUAUGGUGGUUGUCUUGCCUGGAUAAUGGAUCUGCCCUAAAUAUCCAAGACAAGACAAGUAAAGUAAAUGGGGAAUCCCCCUCCCCCUCCCAUUACACUGUUUAUAUUGAAUAUUCUUGGCAAAUCCUAGAUUUCCAAAGGAAAAAAAAUCAAUUUAUGUACCUCUGGUGCUAUAAAAUAAUUCUGAUAAAUCAUCAACUUUUUUUUUUUUGGUUAGGUAUUUAAUAUCUGUUGUCUUUUUGGAACUGGUCAAAGGUUCCCUUUUCUCGUAAUGUAUUUUGAGAAAAUGGAAGCAGUAAGAAGAAAAGGUUUGGGAUGGACAAUUUCACUUACAUUUCUCUUUUUGGCAGAAAUUGUACUGCAGGUCGAGCCCUUGUUGACUAUAUUUAGAGUCGACAAUCCACUUCUCUCUCAUGAAUACCCAUUGUCCCCACAUUUCAAAAAAGUGAGAAAGUAUAUUUUAUUUCUCUUCAAAUUUUCCUUGGAGAACAAAUUCAUUGAGGAUUACUCUUUUUUCCCUUCCCUGUGCCUUAAAGCCUUAGUCAGAAAUAUGUAGGGGCUCAGAGAAAAUGAAGGGACCCUUAUUAUACCAAUCUCCCUUUUUCAUUCAGAAGAGUUACCAUGUAAAUAGACCGCAUUGUCACUGUACAUUUUUUAGGGAAUAUUUUGUAUAGCUAGCUGCUUGAGUUUUAUUUCCCACUGGAUAAAGGAAAGAGGAACUGAGAAGUGUUAGCUCAGUUUGGCCAGGGACAGGGCCUCUUCUGGUUACAUACUUUUCCAUCCCCUCCCACCACCCAGUAUCUUUCUUUGUUGAAGAGACCAUGAAAACAACCAUUUAAAAUACCUUGAAUCUCUUUCCACAGGAAUUUUAGUACCCUAGUCAUUGCUUAGUCAUUCUUUUCCUCCCUAAUUUAGCCUUUGGCUAUAGUAGAGAGAUCCUUUGGGGAACAAUAUAUGUGCUUUCAUCUGUGUACAUAGCCAAUAAUUAUGUUCCAGUCUCUAUUGCAUACUUUGGAAAGACCCAUUUAGACUGGUAAGAGCUGCUUCCUUCCUUCCCUGAUCCCCACCCCAUCCCACCCUUUUGCAUGUUUUACUUCACUGAACACCUAAUAUCAUUAAUUUAAAAAACAACAACUUAUAUCCCCCUCCCCUUCAGUGACAGAAAAACAGCCACGGCUGACUGCAUUUUAUAGUCCUAGGGGGGUAUGUCCAUGGAGUCUUUGCUUGAAGACAGGGAGUGUUUCAUUCUUUUGUUUGUAUCCCCAUUGGUUAGUACAGUACCUGCUGCAUAGUUUGUAUUUAACAAAUGUCAUUUGUCUUGAACUUUCAUGAAUGAUCUUAGCAUUCUUACUAUUUGAUGCUUUGAAGCAAAGCAAAGAAUAAAAGAAUCGGUUUUAUUUAUUGGUUUUAUUGUUGGGCACAAGUAGACUCAACCUGACAAAGAAGACCAUAUGGUCUUGGGAUCUGAUGCCAAAAUAACAGAUUAGGGUUAUAGGUGUUGCUAGAUGUGUGCAAUAGAUUCACUCUGGAAGAUGAUCUGUUAACUUGCCCCAUGGGAGAGUAAGUCUUCCUCACUUGAACACUUUGUUUUUGUUUUUGUUUUUUUGCAUCGAAGCAUCAUUAUUCACAAUCUAUAAAAAACUGCCCACCUCUUAUCACUAAAAAAGUAUCAACUGAUAGACAUCAUGGAACCAAGGGUGUGGGGCACUGUGAGAGACUCUGUCUUUCUUUUUUUUUUAGGGCAAGUGGGAGGAGUUGUAGUUAGUAUUUAUGGGCAACAGGAACAAUGUGCCCUUCAGUCUCCCUAAGCACCUAUGAAGAUAAAAUGACUUGUGUAUAGGUUGUGUAUAUUACUGAUGUAUGUAAGUGAUGUAGAAAAUUGCUACUUAAAAUGGAAUAUAAGUAUAUAUUAUAAAUAAAAUUGUUCAUUUGCUGCAGGAAAAGGGGCAUUUAGGUAGAAGGCACUUGAUGGGGAACAGGAAAUGUGCGUUUUACCUGAGUUUUUGUUGGAUUUGUUUUUAAUUUUUCCUUUAAAUACUAUAUUGAUCCAACGGUGCAAGAAACCAACUCUGUAUCUCAUCACUACAGACAUAAAAAAAUGCCUAUUGGACUUUUAAGGCAAAAAAAGGUCAACUGAGUUGUCACUAUAUUCAGGGAUCUUCAGGAGAGAGAUGAUUGAUUACCUAUCUGUGAGUGGCAAUCACAUCAGGCAAAAAAGCUAGGAGGCAUUUAUCAUCAAGUUUUCCUGCCAUGCCUUUGGAUAUCUAAAAGAUACUACCUCCCUUGUUUCCCAGGAGUCUGAAUCCUCCAUCUUUGAUUUGCUUUCUGUGGAACUGGUAGUUUCAAAACCAGCCAGUCUGGGAAACAAACGUGAUAAAAGACCUUGCCAGUUAAAAAGUCCAAACCAAAAUUUCCUCAGGGUAUUAGCACUUGGCCUAGCCACCAGGAAGCAGGGCAAGUGUAAGAAGCAUCAGGACUUCGACUGAUUUUGCUUCCUUGAUGACAUAGAGAGUUUUAAGUUGAGACUUGUUCUUUCCGGCUGAGAAAUUAACAAUCUGGAUUUAAAGUUUAAACAAUUUCCUGCCUAAGUUGUGCCUUUUAGCUUGAAGAUUUUUAAGGAGCACAAAGGAUGAUGACAGUAAGGCUUGGUUUAUUAUCAAACCUAUAUUAAACUUAUGUGGUCCCUUCAGUAAAGUUUCCUUUUACUGAAAGGAAAGAAUUGUUGAAUUUUAAUUAUAUAUAAUGUAUAUAUUUUUUUGCUUGUUCAAUGUCCUAUUUUUCUAAUAACUUCUUAAAUUUGUGAUGAGAUUUUAAUUCUGAUACUAAAUGUAAAUCAAGUUGGUUUUGGCUGUUCUUUAGUUUGUCUAGUUGUUUUUUUAAAAGCUAUGUAAGUGUAGGCCAUCACUUUUUUUUUAAAUGUGAAAACUGGCCCUUCUGGGGGGUGCUGACCUUUCACAGUGACAACACUUUACAAGGAUUAAUCCUCUUCUCACCUGUUAUCCUCCCUUACUUGUAAAAAUCCAAUUCUUGUGGCACAGCAUUAAAUGUGGCUUCCCAAUGCUAAUAAAUGAUGGCUGUUGUUUCA